ACUUAAAAUCUACUAAUUCUUCUUACUACGCGUUACGAACAAGGUCUAACUAGUAAAGCUAGCAAUUGAGGUAUGAUAAUACAUUUUCAUUAUGAGAGGCUUGGAAAAAAAAAUCAACAUUUUUUCUCUCAUUCAAAUUAUCAAUCUUUUCAGAUUGUUGCUUGUUGUGGUUGCAAUAAGGAAUCGAAACAGAAAUAAGAAAUAAUGAACUACGGAGAGGGUUCGUAUCAAGGAGGCGUUGGUGCAGGUCGAGAUGAAUAUCAUAGAUUGAUCAAUAAGGUAGAAAACAAUAUUCGAACAAUAAAUAAGAAUGUUGUUGAUAUAGAAAGAUCCGUCGAUUUCAUUAGCACAGAAAGGGAUACUCAAGAACUAAGGAAUAAAAUUCAUAAACUGCAACAUGGAACGAAUCACCAGGCAAAAGAGACUUCCGAAUGGGUUAAACAGCUUAAAAUGUUACCAAAAUCAUCUAUCGAGUCAGAGGCUAAAUCAAGAAGAAUACAAAUGAAUCGGAUAACCGAUGAAUUUUCGUCAGCAUUGGAUAAAUUUCAAAGAGUUCAAAGAAAACUCUCAGAUAAAGAAAAAGAGAGCUUUCGAAGAGCAAGAGUCAGUUCCGGAUUCGAUAAUAACCCAUUUUCAGGAGAGAAUGACAAACCACUCGUCGAUGUAGGAACUGAGCAAGUGAAUAUACAAAUUGAACAAAAUGUUGAUUUAGAUUUAUUGAAAGAAAGAGAAAAUGAAAUAAAGAAACUAGAGAGUGAUAUAGUUGGAGUGAACGAAAUUUUUAAAGAACUUGGAAUGAUGAUACAUGAACAGGGCACUGUAAUAGAUAGUAUUGAGCAUCAUGUUGAUAAUACUGUGAAUCGGGUUGAUCAGGCUAGAGAGCAACUAUCUAAAGCGCAAGAUUACCAAACGAGUAGUCGAAAGAAGAAAUGCAUAAUAGCUAUAAUUGGAGUAGUUUUACUGGCAAUUAUUAUUCUAAUCAUCGUUCUUACUACAAGAAAAUAA